AGUCGGACAGUUGUGAACUAUAAAUCGCCAACGAUUGCCUGUAGCACGUUUCCGAGGAAAUUCGAAUUUUUCACAGCGGAGAUAUUCCAUUAAAAGCUAUCAUUGUCCAUUGUCAAACUUUCCUUAUUCGAACCACCACCGAUCCAUCGAACAAGUUCGCGAAUGUUAAAACGAAACGUUUGGAAGAAAACAUGGUACGUAAUAGAUGACGAAACUUUAAUUCGACGAAUUCGACAAAGGAAAAGUUGAAAAACAGAGAACCCCAAAUAUUUUACCAUAUUUUACCAUGCACACUCUAUCGUAAAGUGCGAUAAAUUCAUGACAAAAUAUCUAGAUCUCAUAUAUCGCUGGAAUCGUUUCUGAAAAGAGAUUCACUCGCACCACUUUUCCACGAAGAUCUUUAUAUACUUCCGAUGCCGAUUUCCACGAUACAUUUACAGCUACGAGUCACGAACUCUGAUAGAAUGCUCGCGCAAGCGGAGGAAAACACACGAUAAAUCUGAAGGGAAUUCACGCGCGAUUCUCUUCUCAACGAUCCGUCUCCGAUUCCACGGCGCCAUUAUAGUUGAUUCGAUGUGACUUCAUUCGCAUUCGCGAUUCCGACCUGUGCACCGGUUGCACCCGGUGCAUUCGUCGAACUGCAUCCACGAGCGUGUACUUGGCACCUGGCUCGCGGCCAAACUGUUACGUAAUGCAUUAAUUCACCGACUCGUAGGAUUUGCAUGCGUUAGUAGCCGCGGGGCGUCUACGGUCCACGUUCACCGGUUUAGUUUUCGAUAAUUGCAUCCAGUGUUCCGCUCGAUGACCGAGACAAAGUGGAUUACCGCUACAGCUAUCGGACUGCUCGAUGUUAGAAAUUUUGGAGAUUCCGCAAGUAAUACCACGGAAGAUGCUUCCAUCAGUAAUAAAUCGCUGAGUAAUUCCGCUCGACGUACGCCAGGAAAAUCAUCAGUCAGUCCAAUUUCGCACAAGAGGCCCACAUCCAGUCUGCCAGCUGGAUCGACGCUUAGACCCGAAAAUCAAUAUGCAGUGAAAAAGAAACGUUACUUGCUACUAAAGAAGGAGUUGACGGACAAACAGAAAACCGCGCAAGAUCUGUACAACGAAAUGUCUCAGCUCCGUGAGAAACUAAUCGCCAGUGGUGCCAAAGAUCCGGGCAAAGUAGAAACUCUGAAACUGGAGGUCGGAUCGAGCAAACAUUUUCCAGCAACUGAAACAAAUUACAACGAGGCAGCAAACGUUCACGCCGAGAAACUCUCUAUCGGCAAAGAAAUGCUCGAAUCCUUGGAGGAUCGAUUACGGGAGAUCCCAAAGAAGUUGCGGAACCUUUGCCAGGAGCUGUUGGACAAACAGUCGAUUUUCGUGGCUUUCGUGACGUCGCAACUGAUCAAAGCCAGCUCAGAAGGGAACGACUCGGAUCACACGAACUCGAAAGUGACCACGCAGCUCGAGAUUCACCAAAGAGAUUACGACGCUCUUAGGUCGCAUAUGAGCGAAAUACAGGAGAUCGAGGAGAAGUCGAUCGCCGAGUUAACGAGGAACGUGCAGCAUCUAAUCGACGAGUACGAGCAUUCCAGGGCGAAGAUAAAGGAGACGAACGCGGCGGAAGCGCAGAGAGAACUGCAAACGCAAUUAAAUGCUACGAUGGAGGAGCUGCAGACGGAAAAAGAGAAGAAUAACCAAAACAAAGAGCGUCUUCGACAGACCGAGUCGCAAUUGCAGAAAGCACGUACGAAGAUCAGGGAGAUGGAGACGCACAUGGCAAACGAUAAGGAAAAGAUUCAGCAAUUGCAGGGCAACGUGAAGACCAUAGAAGGUCAAAUGAAGCAGAAGGAUUUGGCGAUAGAGGGUAGGAUGAAAGACAUGCAGAAGACGAUGAGGAACAGCGAAGAUCUGGUCGCUAAGGUGGAGAAGCAGAGGGAUAGCUUCGAAGCACGGUUGGUGGAGCUUAAAGAGAAGAUGAAUAGCAAGGAAAACGAAGCGAUAAAUACGAUCAAGGAACUAUCCGAAAGGCUGAAAGCGGUUACUACUGAUCUUGGGAUCGAAAAGGAGAAGAGGCAACAAGUAAAAGACGCGUUCACAGAAUUAGAGGAGCGAUACAAGAAUCUCGAGGAGAAGAGCAAACAAUUAUGCGAGCUUGCGGAGAAGAAUAAAGAUUUCGCUAUUACAGAGGGUAGUCAUACAGAGAACGAAGUACGCCUGUUCAACGAGUUGCAGGCAACCAGAAACGAAUUGGAGGCGCAGAGGCAGAUGAUGUUGCAGCUGCAGCAGGAGAAAGAGGAAAUCAUUGCAGUGAUGCAUCAAGCGGCCUGUCGCGAGGAGGAGGAAGAUUCGAGGGAGAAAUUGGCUGCGGAAUUAGUGUUCAAAUCCAACGAAGUCCAGAAGCUGACGAUGCAGUAUUCGGAACUGAAAAAGGUUGCAAAAAACGCCCAAGAAAAAAAUGGAAUCUUAGAAAGGCAGUUGAUGGAGAUUCAAACGCGGCUGCAUUCUCAGUCCAUGGAGGGUGGAAAAGCUGGGUUAAGCGCUCAUGCGAUUGAGCUUCAACAACAGGUCUCCGAUCUUCGCAACAAUUUAGCAGAAGUAAUUCAGCAAAAGGAGGAGCUAGAAACUGUAUUGACUCAGAAGCAAUUGGAGUUGGAGCAGCGUGACCGUGUGAUGCGUGAGCAGAGCAAGUUUCUUAAAGUCAGAGACGAGUUGCUUGAUAUUUUGAAAGGGAAGGCACAGCAGGAGAAUGGAGAAUUAUCAACUAACGAUGAGAACAAUGAAUAUCUUGAGCAGAUUCACAAACAGGUAGCUGCAAAAACGGAGGCAAUCCAGGGGUUGUAUACGACUUUGGAAAACAAGCAGUUACAGAUUAUGCGUCUGGAGAAGAUGGUGAAGCUAAUGGAGGACCACCAAGAUCGAGCUCAAGCUCAACGUACGCGUUUAGAGAAUCGCAUUGCUCAACUAGAAUUGGCUUUGCAAAGGAAUAAGGAACAGCGGGGUAAGGGCUUCGGCAUCCUGUAAGGAACUUUCUAAUCAUCGUCAACGUAAAUGAUCUCCAUCUUUGGUCGAUCUCUUUGUCAAAGAGGUUAUUUUAUGUUAUUAAACAUUAAGUCUUUGGUAAGCGGC